CCCAGUUCUUGUUCUUCAGAUCAGAAGCAUCCUCUCUCAUCUCCUUCCCUGAGGACAAACAACUCUUUCUUGCUUGAUCCCUUUUCUCUUCCCAUCAUCCCAAGUCAAGAGAAGUCACAAUGCUUCACCAACACGAGAACAAGGUGACCUCUGGUCAGGUUGACAGCUCAUCAACCGAGAAGGUCGACUAUGAGAAGGCCGUUUCCUUCCAUGAGGAUGCCUCCCAGGAAGUCUUCGAUGAGCCUGCCACCAAGCGCCUCCUCCGCAAGAUGGACAUCAAGCUUCUUCCCUUCCUGGCUCUUCUCUACCUCCUCUCUUUCCUCGAUCGUACCAACAUCGGUAAUGCUAAGCUCGCUGGCCUCGAAGAGGCUCUGGGCAUGACUGGCAAGUGGGAUUACAACAUCGCUGUCGCCGUCUUCUUCCCCUUCUACGUCGCAGCCGAGAUCCCCUCCAACAUGGCCAUGAAGCGCUUCCGUCCUUCCAUCUGGAUUCCCAGCAUCAUGAUCGCCUGGGCCAUCGUCACAACUCUCAUGGGUAUCACCCACAACUUUGGUGGUUUCCUUGCAACUCGCAUGGCUCUUGGUCUCGCUGAGGGUGGUCUCUUCCCCGGUAUCACCUACUACAUCACUCUCUGGUAUAAGCGACACGAGUGCGGUCUUCGCAUGGCCAUCUUCUUCUCUGCUGCUACUGCUGCUGGUGCUUUCGGUGGCCUCUUUGCUCGUGGUGUCAUGGAGAUGAAUGGCCUUGGUGGUCUUGAUGGCUGGGCUUGGAUCUUCAUCAUCGAGGGUCUUAUCACUUUCGUCUUUGCUAUCAUGGCUUUCUUUGUCAUGCACGAUUACCCCGAUACUGCCAAGUUCCUCAACGACUCUGAGCGCAAGGAGGUUCUCCGACGCCUUGAGGAGGAUCGAUCUGUUCUCUCUGAUGCCUUCAACAUGAAGUUCGCCAAGGAUGCUCUCAAGGACUGGAAGAUCUGGGUUCACAUGAUGAUCACCAUCGGAAUCUACACUCCUCUCUACUCCAUCUCCAUCUUCCUUCCCACCAUCGUCAAGAGUCUCGGCUACACCAACGAGAUGGCUCAGCUCAUGUCUGUUCCUCCCUACGUUGUCGCCUGUCUCUUCACCAUCGGUGGUGGUUUCGCUGCUGACAGACACGGCCAGCGUGGUAUCUACAUGAUCUUCUUCUGUGUUGUCGCUAUCAUUGGUUUCAUCAUCCUUGCCACUGUCGACUCCCACGGUGCCAAGUACUUCGCCGCUUUCCUCAUCACCUGCGGUAUCUACCCCAACGUUCCCCAAGGUGUCGCCUGGAACGGCAACAACAUUGGUGGUUCUCUCAAGCGUGGUGUUGGUAUUGCCAUGCACGUCGGCUUCGGUAACCUUGGUGGUGCCGUCUCUGGCUUCGUCUACCGCAAGGAUGAUGCUCCCGACUACCGCUCCGGUCACUGGACCCUCGUCGCCACUACUACCAUGAGCUGCAUUCUCAGCAUCCUCAUGACUAUCUACCUCCGACGCGAGAAUGCUCGCCGUGACCAGACACACAAGGCUCCUCAUGAGUACACCCGGGCCGAGAAGGAGUUGGAGCAGGACUCCGGCGACAACGCCACCUUCUUCCGAUAUACCGUCUAAGCGGUGGAUAUUGGACGUGAUGUCUUGCAGAACAUCUUACAGGACAUUGCAUGAGUUUGUAUGUGAGCGUUUGGUCUAGCGAAAAGGAUUAUUACGAUUGGACGGAGUAAAAAGGAAACACUUUUGCAUGGAUAUAAGACCUAUACAUCUUGAAGCUUGUAUAAUGAAAUAAACCUCUGAUGAAAUGAGGUAUUCCACAACUGCUG